GUCGGUGGAGGGUCGCGUUAAACAGUUCUCGAGCAAAAGUGCCUCGUCGUCCGCCGAUGCUGUGGCUCCUGACUCCUAUGGGGCCCCGUGGGCCGGCAUUCGGCGUCGGGUAUCGGUUGUAUAACAGCUGUGCCCUAGUUACCUCUUUGUGAGGCGAGGAUCCCUCCAUUGGCCAGCCGUUUUAAGGUGUGAGAUCUCGGGCAAAGAACCCCACUGGCACAGCCCAAACCGAAGCCCCCCAAGGAAGGGAGAAGCAUUGCUGGCCUGACAUCAGCUCCUCUAAAAUAAGGAUCCCCGCCCCCCUUCUGUGUUACCAGGGUGGAGCUAGUAGAAGACAAAUCCUCCUGUACGUGUUAAUUUAGAGCAGAAACAGUCGUGGAUAAAUACCGUGCCGCCUUUUAAGGGCACCGUGCGCCUCUGUUAAGAGGAGUUCUUUGUUCUUUGAUGUGUGGCGUAUUAGUGAAAGUCUUCAGCACGUCGGCGAAAGAAAACGUUGUGUGAUGUGAUCCUUAUGGUCCAGGAAAGAAAGAUACCUGCUCAUCGUGUUGUCCUUGCUGCAGCGAGUCAUUUUUUUAACUUAAUGUUCACAACUAACAUGCUUGAAUCAAAGUCCUUUGAAGUGGAACUCAAAGAUGCUGAACCUGACAUUAUUGAACAACUUGUGGAAUUCGCUUAUACCGCUAGAAUUUCUGUGAAUAGCAACAAUGUUCAGUCUUUGUUAGAUGCAGCAAACCAGUACCAGAUUGAACCUGUGAAGAAAAUGUGUGUUGAUUUUUUGAAAGAACAAGUUGAUGCUUCAAAUUGUCUUGGUAUAAGUGUGCUAGCAGAGUGUCUAGACUGUCCUGAAUUGAAAGCAACUGCAGAUGACUUUAUUCAUCAGCAUUUUACUGAAGUUUAUAAAACUGAUGAAUUUCUACAACUUGAUGUCAAGCGAGUUACACAUCUCCUCAACCAGGACACUCUGACUGUGAGGGCAGAGGAUCAGGUUUAUGAUGCUGCAGUCAGGUGGUUGAAAUAUGAUGAACCUAACCGCCAGCCAUUUAUGGUUGACAUCCUUGCUAAAGUCAGGUUUCCUCUUAUAUCAAAGAAUUUCUUAAGUAAAACAGUACAAGCUGAACCACUUAUUCAAGACAAUCCUGAAUGCCUUAAGAUGGUGAUAAGUGGAAUGAGGUAUCAUCUCCUGUCUCCAGAGGAUCGAGAAGAACUGGUAGAAGGCACGAGGCCCAGAAGAAAGAAACAUGACUACCGCAUAGCACUAUUUGGAGGCUCCCAACCACAGUCUUGUAGAUAUUUUAACCCAAAGGAUUAUAGCUGGACAGACAUCCGCUGCCCCUUUGAAAAACGAAGAGACGCAGCAUGCGUGUUUUGGGACAAUGUAGUUUACAUUUUGGGUGGCUCUCAGCUUUUCCCCAUAAAACGAAUGGACUGCUAUAAUGUCGUUAAAGAUAGCUGGUAUUCCAAACUGGGCCCUCCAACACCUCGAGACAGCCUUGCUGCCUGCGCUGCAGAAGGCAAAAUUUAUACAUCUGGAGGUUCCGAAGUUGGAAACUCAGCUCUGUAUUUAUUUGAGUGCUAUGAUACAAGAACUGAAAGCUGGCACACAAAGCCCAGCAUGCUGACUCAGCGCUGCAGCCAUGGGAUGGUGGAAGCCAACGGCCUGAUCUAUGUUUGCGGUGGAAGUUUAGGGAACAAUGUUUCUGGGCGAGUACUGAAUUCCUGUGAAGUCUAUGAUCCUGCCACAGAAACAUGGACUGAGCUGUGUCCAAUGAUUGAAGCCAGGAAGAAUCAUGGACUGGUAUUUGUAAAAGACAAGAUAUUUGCUGUGGGUGGUCAGAAUGGCUUAGGUGGUCUGGACAAUGUGGAAUAUUACGAUAUUAAAUUAAACGAAUGGAAGAUGGUCUCACCAAUGCCAUGGAAGGGUGUAACAGUCAAGUGUGCAGCAGUCGGCUCUGUAGUUUAUGUCUUGGCUGGUUUUCAAGGUGUGGGUCGAUUAGGACACAUCCUUGAAUAUAACACUGAAACAGACAAAUGGAUCGCCAACUCCAAAGUCCGAGCUUUUCCAGUAACAAGUUGUUUAAUUUGUGUUGUUGAUACUUGUGGAGCAAAUGAAGAAACCCUUGAAACAUGAAAAAAUGAGUGAACUUCAAGACUCACUGGAGACUCAUAAGUAUGGCCACCAGUGCUUUGUUCCAAGAGUUUGGUUACAAAGUUUUAGUUUGGUGUUUUGUUCUUUUCAAGGAAGUUUCAAGUAAAGUAAGAUUCCUAUAAAAUAGAUUUUCUUUUAUAUGGGAUUUCUUCAUUCAAAGACCAUAUUUCAGCUGGCCACAUAACCAAGAACAUAUCUAGCAAGAAAACUUGUAAAGUUAUAAGCACUUGGUGAAAGUAUGAAUUCUUAAAUGAAUUUCACAUUUGUAACUAUGAUUAUGGCUGAAUGGGGGACUGACUCACCAUAGAAGCAACCUCAUCUUAGCUCUAGAUUCUAUUUUCAUACAUCAUGGAAGUGCUAUGUAGUUAGGACUGUUUGUUUCUGUUCAGUCAAGAACUAAGAAAUAGUAUGAAUUGUAAGUCAAAGAUAGGCAGUUCUGGUGGAGCAGCUUAGUCUCACGUAAUUUUGCUUGUCUUCAUUUGUUCCAUUUAAUGCCAAAUGUAUUGCAUUUUAAAAGCAAGCCAGAGUGAGUCAAAGCAUACACUUAUAUCUCACAAAACUUCAUAAACACAUUUUGAGAGUUAAAAAGGUACCCAGCUCCUCAUGAAAUAUAUUCUGUCCAAUUAAAUAAUUCCAUCUUUUUAACACAAAAUGUCAAGCCUAGCACCCAUCACUAAUUUAUAUCAAUUUUUUUCCCAGGGGUUAAAAAAGGAUUAUGCCUCUUCAGUGCUCACUCUGUUAAAUAAAAUCCAAUCAUUAUAAGAAUUAUUACCUAGCAAAAGAAAGCUACUUAUAGCAAAUUUCUAGGUCACUAGAAUAGCACUGAUAGUUAUACAUUUUGAACUUCUUACAUAUUAGAAAGGUACAUGAUUUCUCUUCCUUAGCAGAGCACAUCAUUGAUAUUUGACCCAGUUGUCUCUAAAAGUUUUUUAGUUGAGUUAAAUAUUUGUCAUUUUGUAUUAAUUGCUUAUAUGUGGUCAGUAAAUCUUUUACAAACCCAACUAUUCAUUUCUUUCCUAGUAAUGUUUUGCCCUUUUACAUUAUGAAAUGUAUGGAGUGAGCCAUGUAAAGCUGUCACCAUCCAUGUUUUUACCUGGUAAUAUUAAAUAUUUUUAAACUU